UUCAACCUUGCUAACUCUAUACCAAUUAACAUACCAAACAACAACUAUCGUUUCCUGCUUCUACUCGUCAAUCCGUGCUGCUACUGAAGUUUGUGCCGAAAUUCUAAUAUUCUAUUUUCUCGGCCGGAUUUGACAUCAUGUCUCGCCGUUACGAUUCUCGAACCACUAUCUUUUCACCUGAAGGUCGCUUGUACCAGGUCGAAUAUGCGCUCGAGGCUAUAUCUCACGCCGGAACUGCGAUCGGAAUUCUCGCUAAAGAUGGCAUCGUUCUGGCUGCAGAGCGCAAGGUUACAUCGAAGCUAUUAGAGCAAGAUACCUCAGCAGAAAAGCUCUAUAUCUUGAAUGACAACAUGAUCUGUGCAGUAGCUGGCAUGACAGCCGACGCAAACAUCCUCAUCAACUAUGCCCGACAAGCCGCCCAACGAUACCUCCUCACUUAUAACGAAGACAUCCCAUGUGAGCAGCUGGUCCGAAGACUAUGCGAUCUUAAGCAAGGCUAUACUCAACAUGGUGGACUGCGGCCGUUUGGUGUAUCCUUCAUCUACGCCGGUUGGGACCCCCAGCGACAAUUCCAGCUCUACCUAAGCAAUCCUUCGGGUAACUACGGUGGCUGGAAAGCGACGAGUGCAGGUGCCAACAAUGCAAGCGCCUCGAGCUUAUUAAAGCAGGACUACAAGGAGGACUGCACGUUGAAGGAGGCUUGCGGCAUGGCGGUUAAGGUACUAAGCAAGACUAUGGACUCGACUAAGUUGAGCAGUGAGAAGAUUGAGUUUGCGACAGUGGGACAGACCAAGGAUGGCAAGAUCUACCACCGACUUUGGAGUGCGGAUGAGAUCACAGCGCUCUUAAAGGAACAUGAUCUAGCAAAGGAUGAGAGUACGGAAGAUAAAUAAACGAGAGGCCUCAAUUCAAAACCUCGUAGGUUUUGAUAAUCAUGGAACUGAUCGUGUACCAAUAGCAUCUACU